AAGCGCAGGUAUGAGGCUGGCGCCGGUGGCUUCGAUGCUGCUUUCCGGUGACUUCGAUGCUGUUUUCCAUUGUUUUUUCCUCUUUCUGGCCUGGCGGCUCCGCGUCUGCUUUCCUGGGCUUCCUUUCCUGUGACAUUUCCCUAUGUCCGUUAGAUCCUUGCUUCAGACUCCAACUCAACGCAUGAAACUUUUCUUGCUUGCCAGUUCCUAGCUCCCCCACCCUUUUGUGUAGCUUGGGCAGCGGAGGCCGUCUUUACCUGGUCAGGCCCUCUCGUUCUCCCUAAAUAUCGGCCCUUAGCCGAACGUCUGUCCCUGUGUGCCUUCGGAAAGUAAGGUGGCUGCGACUGAACACCCCCGCGCCCAAACCUUCAAGUGCCAUUUGCUAAUUAAGUGCUGCCGUCUUUUGGACAAGAUGUGGUCUUUACUGGAUCCAGCGUUUAGUAAGCAGAUGAAGGCAAUGUAGUUUUAGUCAAUUAAACAUUCCAAUAGGGAGAAUGACGUGGAGGCUAUAAUUAUAGAUGGAUUCUUAGAAGGGGAAGAAUUUCAGCAUCCCAGCUUGGGCAGCAUUGCGAGACCGCGUCGCUACAAAAAAUAGAAAAAUUAGCCGAGGGUGGUGGCGUGCGCCUCUGGUCCUAGCCACUUGGGAGGCUGAGCCCGGGAGGUCGAGGCUGCGGUGAACCGUAAUCGCACUGCUGUGCUCCAGCCUGGGCGACAGAGUGAGCCCCUACCUCACACACACACACACAAAAGAAUUUCAGCAUUAUUUUAUUAUACUGCGAUUUCCUAGGUGGCCCCAAAAGUUUUCCGACAGCCUUUAAAGAAUGCUUAGUAAGAGAAGAAUAACCAUCACUUGAGCCACAGUGUGAACCAGGCUGUAUAUACUACGUCAUUUAUGCAGAUUUUUAUAUACGUAAUUCUCAAAACAACUCCAAGAGCUAAGUAAAAUAAUAGGGUUCACAGACUCCCUUAGUCAACUCUAAUGUCUUGGAACCUUUACGUAGUAAGAAAUCUUUUCUGAAGCUUCUUGCUAUGCAUAAUCCAUUCCUUAGUCUCUAGUAAAAGCAAAAGAACGGCGGCUACCUUCCCUGCCCUUCUGAUUCAUGGUGUUUGAUUAUUACUUGCCUGUCCCUUCUCCUCAUAUGUCUUUUUCACCAAGUCCGGUAACCCUAAUUCUUUUCAUUCUUACCAAUGGCAGCGCCACAACCCUUCAAUCAUUUUGGUUGCUAUCCAGCUCCUCCACAUCCAGUCCAACUUUAGAAACCCGAAGCCUGUAAAGAAAAGUUGACCUAUGCUGACUCUGGUGAUGGCGACUGUCUCUCACUAAUUUCUUUGAAGUCUUCAAGGAUAAGCAGAGUUGAUCCAUCUGAGAAAGGGAUCAUGAACUAGACAGAAUGAACAGCCUUAAAGGCACAGACACUUGAACGGGACGGUGGUGGUAUGACUGGUGCAGUGUGUUUAAAGUAGAGAUCAUUCAGUUUUUAAAGACUGGCCUUUUAUCGUGUCUCAGUACAGCCGAGGUAGAGCCUUUGAAGCAUCCGAUGUUGUUAUUCUGGUACUAAUCUAGUCCAGCCGCUGAGGUGACUUUCAACGGCAGACCAUCUCCUAAGUGCCCCAGAGUCUCCGGGACCAUUAUGGCAGUCAAGUGGAUGGGUGGGCAUUCUUCUCCUGUCCUCUGCCUGAAUGCAAGUAAAGAAGGGCUGCUGGCUUCUGGAGCAGAGGGUGGAGAUCUCACGGCUUGGGGUGAAGAUGGAACUCCAUUAGGACACACGCGGUUCCAAGGGGCUGAUGAUGUUACCAGUGUCUUAUUUUCUCCCUCCUGCCCCACGAAGCUGUAUGCCUCACAUGGAGAAACCAUUAGUGUACUGGAUGUCAGGUCCCUCAAAGAUUCCUUGGACCAUUUUCAUGUGAAUGAAGAAGAAAUCAAUUGUCUUUCCUUGAAUCAAACGGAAAACCUGCUGGCUUCUGCUGACGACUCUGGGGCAAUCAAAAUCCUAGACUUGGAAAACAAGAAAGUUAUCAGAUCCUUGAAGAGACAUUCCAAUAUCUGCUCCUCAGUGGCUUUUCGGCCUCAGAGGCCUCAGAGCCUGGUGUCAUGUGGACUGGAUAUGCAGGUGAUGCUGUGGAGUCUUCAAAAAGCCCGACCACUCUGGAUUACAAACUUACAGGAGGAUGAAACAGAAGAAAUGGAAGGCCCGCAGUCACCUGGUCAGCUCUUAAACCCUGCGCUGGCCCACUGUAUCUCUGUGGCUUCGUGUGGUAAUAUUUUUAGUUGUGGUGCAGAAGAUGGUAAGGUUCGAAUCUUUCGGGUGAUGGGAGUUAAGUGUGAACAGCAACUGGGAUUUAAGGGCCACACUUUAGGGGUAUCCCAGGUCUGCUUUCUCCCGGAAUCCUAUUUGCUGCUUACUGGAGGGAAUGAUGGGAAGAUCAUGUUGUGGGAUGCAAACAGUGGAGUUGAGAAAAAACAGAAGAGUCCUACAAAACGUACCCACAGGAAGAAACCUAAAAGAGGAACUUGCACCAAGCAGGGUGGAAAUACUAACGCUUCAGUAACAGAUGAGGAAGAACAUGGCAACAUUUUACCAAAGCUAAAUAUUGAACAUGGAGAAAAAGUGAACUGGCUUUUGGGUACAAAAAUAAAGGGACACCAAAAUAUAUUAGUAGCUGAUCAAACUAGUUGUAUAUCUGUAUACCCCUUAAAUGAAUUUUAAAUCCAAUAAAAACAUUUGAAGAAUUGUGGCAAAACUUUUUCAGAUGAAAAAAAAGGUCCUGGUUCUUUAUUUAAGCUGUUUGUUGUAUGUAAAAUCAUACUACUCUACUGUACAAAUUUUAAGAUAUUUGAACAAAAGACAAUUGGAUACUUACAUAGUAAGUGAUAUAUUACAGUUUGGAGGAAGAGAAUGAAUAUUCAUCAUGUACCAUGUACCAGCCAUUUUACGUAUAUUUGAUUUCUUGUUCCGAAUCAUUGCAGUGAUUUCCCCAUUUUAGUGCCACAGAAAUUAAGACUUAGAGAUGUUGAGUAACUUAAAGAUCCAGGAAAACUGCAGGCACAACGACUUGUCUGGAAAGGACCUUGCUAAGCUGCCUACUGUAGGGAGGCGCACAUCCUGGUCCAAGUCGGUCACCAUAUUAGUUAUUUCUGUCCAGGCGCAGUGGCUCACGCCUGUAAUCCCAGCACUUUGGGAGGCCGAUGCGGGCAGAUCAUCUGAGGUCAGCAGUUAGAAACCAGCCUGGCCAACAUGGCAAAAACCCAUCUCUACUAAAAAUACAAAAAUUUGCCGGGCCUGGUGGCACAUGCCUGUAAUCCAAGCUACUCAGGAGACAGACGGGAGAAUCGCUUGAACCCAGAAGGUAGAGGUUGCAGUGAGCCAAGAUCACACCACUGCACUCUAGCCUAGGCGACAGAGCAACUGUCUCUAAAUAAAUAAAUAAAUAACAUUAGUUAUUUCUGAUCCCAGGACGUCAUGAGGAACAUUACCAAGUUGGAAGAGGAAACCUAUUCUUGCUUGUUCUGUGUAAAGCCCAAAUUGCUUUGCUGACAAUUACCUUUCACUGUUUUCUGAAAAACAAUAAGGGUUCCAGGGUCAAAUCAGUUUAGGGUAUUAUGCAGCAAUCCAGGCCAUGAUGCUGGUGGAGUGAGAAUAAAUUGCAGUUAUUAAUAAGCAGAAAUUCUGACUAAGCAGAAGAUAGAAAAGAGAAUAGAGGCCUAGAUAGGGUGUCAAGAGUUGGGUUCCUUUUCAUUGAGGCCUGGAUUGCUGCCUUCUCUGCGUGUUCUUUCAGCUUUCACUCAUACUGCCUACUCUUAUAUUUAAAAUUUUUUAAAUUUUAGUUUAAUUUUUUUAUAGAGAGGAGCCUUGCUAUGUUGGCCAAACUGGUCUCAAACUCCUGGCCUCAAGCAAUCCUCCUGUCUUAGCCUCCCAAAGUGCUGGGAGUACAGGUGUGAGCUACCGUACCUGGCCUGUAUUCAAAGCUUUGAAGAAAUCAUCUGAUUGGUUACCAUUAUUCUUGUUUGUGGAGAUCUCUUUUUCAUAAGUUCAGUUUUAGUCAGGACUCCUGUUGCAGGUGACAGAAACCAAAUUCAAAUUGGCUUAACAGAAUAAAAAGGAAUGUAUUGGCUCACAUAGCUGAGAAGUCCACGAAUAAUCAGGUGCAUACUGCUGAGGUGGCUACGCUGGCAGGGUAAGCAAAAGAAGCACCCCAGCCUAAGUUUACAGAGAACCAGGAUAGCAUUCUGAAUAUAGCUUAGUUCUAAUAGUCAAGUGGCCACUCAAGGUGACAAAUAGGAGCUCCAGUGGUCACCCCUCGGAAGCAAGCUUUCAAUGUCCCCCACCUGUAGAAGGCUGAAAAACAUGCUCCAAAUAUAAUGGGUUCUAAUCACUGGAACCUGUAUUACUUAUUACUAUUAAAUAUGUUUUAAUUAUUUAAAAUAUUAAUUUUGAAUAUUAUUUAUGAG